AUGUGGCUGAAGGUUGCUGUCUUUACUGGUUUUCAAUUUUUUUUUCAGGUUGACAUUGAUAUAUCAUUUUAUCACGGCUUUCUUGCCUCACUUUCUGUAAUCAUUGUGUCGGAGCUGGGGGACAAAACUUGGUUCAUAGCUGUUAUUUUGGCGAUGCGACAUUCUAGGCUUACUGUAUUCUCUGGCGCUAUGUCAGCACUUGCACUCAUGACUGUUCUUUCAGCCUGUCUUGGCUGGAUGUCUCAGUUGAUUCCUCGCGUGCUCACCUAUUAUGCUUCAACCAUCCUAUUCGCUCUUUUUGGAUUAAAGAUGAUUCAUGAAGGAUAUCAUAUGUCCGCAAGUGAGGGACAGGAAGAUUUUGAAGAAGCUCAGGCAGAAGUGACGAAAAGGGAGAUUGAUCAUGAUGCCGGAAAAUUUGUAGACAUGGAGGCUGGAAUAUCGGGACGUGCGAGUAGUUAUUCGUCUGCAUGGCUCAUCUUUUCGUUUGUAUCGCAUAUUUUCAUCGAGGCAUUCACAAUGACUUUCUUGGCUGAGUGGGGAGAUCGUUCACAGUUAACAACCAUCAUUCUUGCUGCACGUGAAAACAUUGCGGGUGUGAUUAGUGGUGGAAUCCUUGGCCAUGCCUUAUGUACUGGUAUAGCUGUCGUCGGGGGCAAAUUAGUUGCUCAGCGAUUAUCUGUUCGAACAGUCACACUGGUCGGUGGUGUUGUUUUCCUGAUUUUUGCUCUGUCAGCAUUUUUCGUAAAGGACGUUGAGGAGAAACCAUUGCGGGUUGACUAUUCAUGA